GCACCACAACACUACCUGCAGCGCGCGUGCCUGCUUGGGGUGGACAGUCCGUGAGCAGCGAAUGGACGCCUGGGCGCCGAGGGAUCUUUAGAGGGGUCCGGACCCGGUGGACACUCUGGUUCAGGAGAUCCGGGAAAGAGACUUGGUAUCCUUUCUGUUGUGUUUAUCUUGCAGAGUUCCCAGUUGGCAAGCGAGAACAUGAGCAGCCGCCGGAAACGCGCUCUCCCGGUGAAGGUGGACGAAGAAAAGCAGCAGCAGCUCCGCUGGAACAUGCAUGAGGACAGAAGGGACGAGCCGCUCACCUUAACCCACGAUGAGCAUCCCUGCCCGAGUUCGGGCUCUCGUCCUCCUCAGGGCAUCCUUCUAGAAGAUAGCUUAGAGAAAGAGGGGGCUCCCAGGGACGCGGAGAGGUGUCCAGCAGCAGGGAGGCCCUCCAAGUCAGCUGCGAAAGAAGGGACUGUCAGCCUUGAUUCCUCCGUGGCUGUGAAGUUGAAUAUUGUGGUUUCUCCCCAUAAUGCUGAUGAUUCUUGGAAAGUAUUACUGGGCGAAUUAACUCUUCACCUUCCUCCGGAGCAAAGUUUAAGUGAAAAUUUUUCUGAAAGGAGUUUUACAUUGAUGAGUUCAGAGUGGAGCAAUCAAUUCUGGAUGUAUAUUCAUUCAGAAAGUGAAAAUGUAGAGAACGAAAAAAAAAACCUCAAAGAACCCGUCACUACCGAUGGGAAGGGUAUUCUAGUGGAAUCAUCUUUCAGUAAUGACAUGUUGGAAGAUUUAGAAUGGCUGCAGAAGAAGGGAAGACUCAGACUUUACCAGAGACCAGAAGGAAAUUGUUGUAUCAAGAUUGGAAUUUAUCUUUUGGAAGCUGGUCUAGCAAAUCUAGACUAUUUGAGUGAUGCAAAUUCAAGAAUGAAAAAGUUCAAUCAACUCAUGAAAAGAGUGAUGGAAAAGUUACACAAUUUUGUGAUUCCAGAUGUGAUGGAAGAGGAGGAGGAGGACACUUCAGAGAGUGAGCCAGAGGGACAAGACAUUGACGAACUCUACCACUUUGUGAAGCAGACACAUCAGCAAGAAGCACGAUCUGUCCAGGUGGAUGUCCAGCAUCCCGCCUUGAACCCUGUGUUAAGACCCUACCAGAGAGAGGCUGUCAAGUGGAUGCUGCAACAAGAGCGUUUCAGAAACACUCCUGCUGAUGAACAUGCUCUGCACUUCUUAUGGCGGGAAGUUAUUACAUCAGACUGUUGGAAAAUAUACUAUAACCCUUAUACAGGCUGCAUUAUCCGUGAGUACCCAAAUUCUGGGCCACAGUUGCUUGGUGGAAUUUUAGCAGAUGAGAUGGGUCUCGGGAAGACAGUGGAAGUUUUGGCUCUGAUUCUGACGCAUACUCGACAGGAUGUUAAACAGGAUGCUCUCACUCUUCCCGAGGGAAAAGUAGUAAAUUAUUUUGUUCCAUCACAUUGCUUUGGAGGAGAAGCAAAAGAUGUUGGAACCCAGAAUACGGAGUUUGAAUCAAAAGAAAAAGUUCAUUGUCCCCCUACCCGUGUGAUGAUUCUGACAGCUGUGAAAGAAAUGAAUGGGAAAAAAGGAGUUUCUAUUCUUUCCAUCUACAAGUAUGUCAGUUCAAUAUACAAAUACGACGUCCAACGAAAUAGGAGUCUUCUGAAGCGGAUGCUGAAAAGCUUAAUUUUCGAAGGUCUUGUGAGACAGAUCAAAGGUCAUGGUUUUUCUGGAACUUUUACAUUGGGAAAGAAUUACAAGGAAGACAAUACAUGGGAUAAAACAAAAAAACAGGUAAUAGGCAGUCCAAAGAAAAAUCAGAAAGAAACCAGAAAAUCAGGGAAUAAGGACACAGAUUCUGAAUAUUUGCCAUCAAACACCUCUGAUGAUGAUGAUGAUGAUGAUGAUGAUCCUUAUUAUUAUUAUUAUAAAGCCAGGAAGAACUAUAAUAAAUUGAGAAAAAAGCCUGUUUUCUGCACACAAAAAAGAAAAAGUCAGCCUAAAUUCAGUCCCAAUUCCCAAGAUGACUGUCCAGCAACCAGUGACUCUGCAAUAAUGGAUGUGACCAUGUCUGAGAGUACUUGGGAAACAAAGGAAGAAAGUGCGUCUCCAGCCCCUGGUGGCAGUGCCGGGCCACACUCUGAUAGCCAGGGGCCCCGAGACGCCUCUGACUACCGCUUUGAGUGCAUCUGUGGUGAGCUGAACCAAACAGACUGGAAGGCGCGUGUUCAGUGCCUGCGGUGCCACCUGUGGCAACAUGCCAAAUGUGUGAAUUACGAAGAGAAGAAUCUCAAGAUUAAGCCUUUUUACUGUCCCCACUGCCUGGUAGCAAUGGAACCAGUAUCUUCAAGAGCAACUCUGAUCAUCUCGCCAAGCUCUAUCUGUCACCAGUGGGUGGAAGAAAUCAACAGGCACGUGAAAUCAUCGUCGCUUCGCGUCUUGGUGUAUCAAGGAGUGAAGAAACAUGGUUUUUUACAGCCUCAUUUUUUGGCCGAACAGGAUAUCGUUAUCAUUACCUAUGACGUUCUUCGUUCAGAACUAAACUACGUCGAUAUUCCUCAUAGCAACAGCGAGGAUGGACGGCGCCUGCGCAACCAGAAGCGCUACAUGGCCAUUCCCAGCCCCCUGGUGGCGGUGGAGUGGUGGAGGAUCUGCCUGGAUGAAGCUCAGAUGGUUGAGUGUCCAACAGUAAAAGCUGCUGAAAUGGCCCGGCGUUUGACUGGGAUUAACCGAUGGUGUGUCAGUGGCACUCCAGUUCAGAGAGGAUUGGAGGAUCUUUUUGGGUUAGUGGUCUUUCUGGGCAUUGAGCCUUAUUGUGUCAAACACUGGUGGAUUCGACUUCUUUAUCAGCCUUACUGCAAGAAGAACCCUCAGCCCCUCUACAGCUUUAUUGCCAAGAUACUCUGGAGGUCUGCGAAGAAGGAUGUCAUUGACCAAAUCCAGAUACCCCCUCAAACUGAAGAAAUACACUGGCUCCACUUUUCUCCAGUGGAACGGCAUUUCUAUCAUCGUCAGCACGAGGUUUGCUGCCAGGACGCGGUGGUGAAGCUUCGAAAGAUCUCCGACUGGGCUCUGAAGCUCAGUAGUCUGGACCGAAGGACUGUCACCUCCAUCCUCUACCCGCUGCUCAGGCUCCGGCAGGCCUGCUGCCACCCGCAGGCCGUGCGCGGGGAGUUCUUGCCGCUCCAGAAAAGCACCAUGACCAUGGAAGAGCUGCUGACAUCUCUGCAGAAGAAAUGUGGAACUGAAUGUGAAGAAGCACAUCGCCAGCUAGUUUGUGCCCUCAAUGGCUUAGCAGGCAUCCAUAUCAUUAAAGGUGAAUAUGCCGCGGCAGCAGAGCUAUACAGAGAAGUGCUGCGCUCAUCUGAGGAGCACAAAGGAAAGCUCAAAACUGAUUCACUUCAAAGACUUCAUGCUACACAUAACUUGAUGGAAUUGUUGACGGCCAAACACCCAGGCAUACCUCCUACCUUACGAGAUGGCAAACUGGAGGAAGAGGCCAAACAACUGCGAGAGCAUUAUAUGAGCAAGUGCAACACAGAAGUUGCUGAAGCCCAGCAAGCGUUACAGCCUGUGCAGCAGAACAUACGUGAGCUCCAAAGAAAGAUUCGUAUGAGUUCUCCUUGGUGGCUGAAUGUGAUACAUAGAGCAUUGGAAUUUGCUAUUGAUGAGGAACUUGUUCAGCGAGUGAGAAACGAAUUAACUAGCAACUACAAGCAGCAAACUGACAAGCUUUCCAUGUCAGAGAAGUUCCGCGACUGCAGAGGUCUUCAGUUCUUACUUACCACGCAAAUGGAAGAGCUGCAUAAAUUCCAGAAGCUGGUAAGAGACGCCGUGAGAAACCUGGAGGGGCCUCCGUCUCGGAGCGUUAUUGAAUCUGCGACAAUCUGCCAUCUCCGACCCGUUAGACUCCCCCUCAACUGCUGCGUCUUUUGCAAAGCUGAUGAGUUGUUUACAGAAUAUGAAUCAAAACUGUUUUCUAACACAGUCAAAGGUCAGACAGCAAUAUUUGAGGAGAUGAUAGAAGAUGAAGAAGGACUGGUAGAUGAUCGAGCACCUACCACCACCCGUGGUCUGUGGGCAACAAGCGAGACAGAGCGAUCUAUGAAAGCAAUCCUGUCAUUUGCAAAAUCACAUAGAUUUGAUAUUGAAUUCAUUGAUGAAGGAAGUAUUGCAAUGGACCUGUUUGAAGCAUGGAAGAAGGAGUACAAGUUGCUUCAUGAAUAUUGGAUGGCUCUUAGAAACCGCGUGUCUGCUGUUGAUGAACUCGCCAUGGCCACAGAACGACUGCGAGUGCGUGAUCCGAGGGAGCCAAAGCCCAGUCCGCCUGUUCACCAUAUCAUUGAGCCGCAGGAGGUAGAACAAAAUCGUAUGAAACUACUAAAUGAUAAAGCCAUUGCUACGUCACAGCUUCAGAAAAAACUGGGCCAGCUUCUUUAUCUGACUAACUUGGAGAAGUCUCAAGACAGAACAUCGGGAGGCAUUAAUCCAGAGCCUUGUCCCAUCUGCGCCCGACAGCUGGGGAAGCAGUGGGCAGUACUGACGUGUGGACACUGUUUCUGUAAUGAAUGUGUUUCUAUCAUCAUCGAGCAGUACAGCGUGGGGUCUCACCGCAGCGCCAUCAGGUGUGCCAUCUGCCGCCAGACCACUUCCCACAAGGAAAUCUCGUACGUCUUCACCUCGGAGAAAGCCAGCCAGGAGGAAGACAUCCCCGUCAAGGGUAGCCAUUCUACAAAGGUGGAAGCUGUGGUGAGAACUCUGAUGAAAAUACAGCUUAGGGAUCCAGGGGCCAAAGCGCUGGUCUUCUCCACGUGGCAAGAUGUAUUAGAUAUUAUUUCUAAAGCCCUCACUGACAAUAACAUGGAAUUUGCACAGAUCGGUCGUGUUAAAACAUUUCAGGAGAACCUUUCAGCAUUUAAACGUGAUCCCCAAAUCAAUAUUUUGCUGCUGCCCCUGCACACAGGCUCUAAUGGAUUAACCAUCAUUGAAGCCACGCAUGUUCUCUUGGUGGAGCCCAUACUGAACCCUGCCCACGAGCUUCAGGCCAUAGGGCGGGUGCACCGAAUUGGACAGACAAAGCCUACUAUUGUACACAGAUUCUUAAUUAAAGCCACAAUUGAAGAAAGAAUGCAGGCGAUGCUGAAAACUGCUGAGCGGAGUCACACAAACUCGGCCGGGAAGAACUCGGAGGCCUCGGUCCUGACUGUCGCCGACCUCGCAGACCUGUUCACCAAAGAGACGGAAGAGCAUGAGUGAUCCGCUCGGAUUCAUCGUCAGAGCUCCACGUGCUGCUGCGCUUCCGGGGCUGCAGAGCCCAGUGACGUAAGCAGGUGCGACAUGGGUCCGCAGACACUCCUGUGUGUGUGUGUCUGUGUUGGCCGAGCACUGGUCAGGCACCAAUGGAGUCCUUCUCAAAUACUGUCUCAGAGGGCUGUAAAGAUUUAUUUUACAUUCCUAAUAAAUUUUAUUUUUGCCCCAGAGAGUUCUAUAUCUGAUAAAACCAGGGAAUUCAGAGAUUUCCUUUUGAUAAAAUCAGUGAUAAAGAGUUUGAAAAGAGGAAAUGGGAAGUGAGUCUAGUUUUAUAUGACUUAUUAUAUUCCACCAACAUCUCCCAGUAGCCUUCAGUUUCUCUACCAGUAUCUUGUUGGUGAUAGUUAAAGUAAUUGAUGAAAUUAAAAUCUAGUUAUCUGAAUGCAUUUAGGCUAUUAUUUGAUGCAUAGCAACUUUACAGUAGUGUAACUCAUUGAUAAGUUAAUGGUAGGCAGUUUUUUUUCUUUCCAUCUUGCUACUAAAAUCCAGCACUGAAAAUCUUUCAUAUUUCUAUUCUCUGUUCAGUGGUGUGAAUGUAAGCAGUUAACUGUAGCAUCUCAGUUAUUGCCAUUUACCUUGACAUUCUCUAACCUCUUUCUCUUACAUUUUUAUAUAAAGAUUGAAUACACUCUGUAAAUACAGUCAUUUUAUGAUUUUUAGUUGUAUCAUAAACAUGGAAAUGUUGCAAGAUUUCUUUCUAUUAUUAUUCUCGUAAGUUCUUGGAUUAUUUUCCCGUGUUCUUCUGUAACUAGAUCUCCUAGCAGUUGAUGUGUACACUGGCCACAGUUUGCGGUUUUGCCACUUUUCCCUUCAUGCUAAUGUUUUGUUGAGAACCAUGUUCUUGUAAGCAAAUAACUGCAAGUGAUAAAACCGGAUGUUUCCUCUUCUGUGAAGAAGUGAGGGACUUUGCAGUCACUGGCCAAGGUGUAGCGCGCAGUGUCCUGGCCAUGUGCUGCACCACAAACGCUCCUGUUUCCCCUUUGAGCCUUCAGAUUUUCUAAUGACCCUCAGGACUCGUUAGCUCCUCCCUGGCUCCCAGGUAACUGUAAUAGAAACAUCCCCCUGGAUCUCGUGCUUCCAAGAGGCUCUUUGGUGCUUAGCUAAGGUGCAUUUUAUUACCCCAGGUUUGUAAAAUGACACAAUUCUACUGAGGAAAACAUACACACAUUUUUGGUGCUUAAUCUUCACUUGAAGGAAGAUACGCAUCAAUUCUUUUAAAUGAAAUUAAAAUUAUUUUUGUAGCUCUCUACAUAUUCUGAAGAGAGUUCCUGUGUAUUUGUGUGUUUAAUGAUCGCAGCAGUCUAAUGAAAGUGACUUAACACUCCUGCUUUGAGGAUAGACAGCUCAGGUUCAGAAGGAUUAACUCUCUCUGACAUGUAGCAAAUAAUCCGUGGAGUCUGCGCUUCCUGACUCCGAAUCUCAUGUUCUUCCACUGAAAACUGCAUCCUGCUGAAAGCCAGAACGGCCGUGGUUCUAAUGUAGAAAUGAGGCUCGGUGUUGCUUGUUGCUUGUCUCAUAGGAUUUCCUUUUGCACUAUGUUUUAGGGAAAAUGAUUUGAUAUGCUUCAAUUUUGCUAAAAAAAAUUAUAUGUGUGUGUAUAUAUAUAUAUAUAUAUAUCUCCUUAUCAGUCUUCCAGAAAACCUGUUAUUUAUGUCUGUAAAUUAUCUUCAGUGAAAUAAAUAUUUUAGUGCAAAUUAAAAUUGUGGAUUUAAUCUCUGA